ACACGGCGUAUGGGCAACACACGUUCAACUCAUGCACUAGUUACUUGAUGUAACAUAACUUCGAUACUUCAGUUGACGCGCAUCGCUCGCUCUAAUAGCGCGCAUCGCAAAAAACAAGUGAAAAUGGUUGCCAUCCGUGCUACGUGCAUCAUACUCUGUUCGCUAGCGAUUGUUAACGCAGACUUAUUGAGCCCGCUCUCCGACGCCUUCAUAGAAAUCAUCAACUCUAGACAAUCGACAUGGAAGGCCGGAAGAAACUUCCCGUUGGACAUGUCUUUGCGUGCGAUCAAGAAAAUGAUGGGCGCCAUACCAGACAGUGACGUGUUGAACUUGCACAGCGUCUAUCACGACCAGGAUUUUAUAGAUAGCUUACCAGAAAGUUUCGAUCCCAGAGACAAAUGGCCGAGUUGUCCAACUUUAAACGAAAUCCGAGACCAAGGAUCCUGCGGGAGCUGCUGGGCGUUUGGAGCAGUCGAAGCAAUGACUGAUCGCUACUGUAUCUACUCGAAUGGUACGAAGCAUUUCCACUUCUCCGCAGAAGAUUUACUUAGUUGCUGUCCAGUUUGUGGCCUCGGAUGCAACGGUGGGAUGCCAACAUUAGCUUGGGAGUAUUGGAAACAUUUCGGCAUAGUAUCAGGAGGGAGCUACAACUCUUCGCAAGGAUGUUUACCUUACCAAAUAGCACCGUGCGAACACCACGUGCCUGGAAACAGGAUGCCGUGCAGCGGUGACACGGGCACACCAAAAUGCUACAGAAAAUGCCGCGACGGUUUUCCGUCCACGUACAAAGACGACAAAAAAUACGGCAAACACGUGUUCAGCGUUAGAGGUGGAGAACAGCAUAUUAAGGCGGAACUCUUCAAAAAUGGCCCCGUUGAAGGCGCAUUCACAGUGUACGCCGAUUUGUUAGCUUACAAAAGCGGUGUGUACAAACAUGUGGCAGGCGACGAACUUGGCGGUCACGCUAUCAAGAUUAUGGGCUGGGGGGUCGAGAAUGGCAACAAAUACUGGCUCAUUGCGAACUCGUGGAACUCAGACUGGGGAGACAAUGGCUUCUUCAAAAUACUUCGCGGCGAAGAUCACUGCGGCAUAGAAAGUUCGAUUGUUGCUGGCGAACCGUUAUUAUAGAUUUUCUUUUGCAGGUACAUUUAUAACGAGUUAAAUAUAUAUUAAGUAACCAAAGUGUAACGUACUUUCAUCGAAUAGAACAAAUAAGUUUAUUUA